AAUUCCCAAUGCAAAGCUGAGCUAUACAUUACUAGGACCCACACAAUUACCAGCUGGAUAAUUUCUCUUUUCGUUCUUCUUAUAAUCCCUCAUUUCUCUCUCAAAACAAACACAUUCAAACAAACACAGCUACUUCUCCUACCGCUUCUUCAUGCCAAUGGCGCAAUCUAAAACUUUCAUCGUUCUCCUCCGUAGCCUCAUCCACAUUGCAACCGAAAUCUCUCAAAUCACCACCUUCAAUCCACUCGUCAAAAAUCAAUGCUUCGAUCUUAGCCGUAGGAUCAAUUUCCUUGUUCCUCUCUUUCAUCACCUCAUUAACGACGCCGUUUAUGUACCUUGUGAAACUAUCGUUUCGCUUCAACUUGUUUUUCUUUCUGCUAAGGAUUUGCUUCUCUUUUUCUCUCAAUCGAGCCAGCUCUAUAUGAUACUGGAGAGGGAGAAAAUUAAGUUCAAAUUCAAUGAUCUCGCUUCUCGUUUCGAACAAGCUAUAAUUGAGAUUUCUUUUGACAAACUUGAUAUUUCUGAGGACCUCAAGGAGCAGGUUUCACUUGUGACUGCUCAGUUUAGAAGGGCCAAAGAGCAAUUUGAUCUACCUUGUGUUGAGCUUUAUGAGCAUCUGUUGUCUAUCUAUAACCAGAGCUGUGAUGUGAAUACUGAACCUGCUGCAUUACGUUUAAUCUGUGAAAAAUUACAAUUUGUGAGUUUGGAAGAUAUCAAACAAGAGUCGAUUGCCAUACAUAAAAUGAUUGUUGAUGGACAUGGGUUUUUUGAGAAAAGCGAGGUUUUUGAGGAAAACACGCAGGGGUUGUCAAUAGUGUUGAAAAAAAUUGAAGAUUUUUUGUUGAAGGAAUCUGAAAAUAAUGGAGGUGGUUGUUUUGAGAAAACCACACAGGUGUUGUCGAGUGGGGAUUUGCCUCCUCACACUGAUGAGACAUGCAUGAAAUUAUGUUGUCAGUCACUAGUUGUGCCGGAGGAGUUUCGCUGCCCAAUAUCUCUUGAGCUAAUGAAAGAUCCUGUUAUCAUUUCCACAGGGCAGACAUAUGAACGAGCUUGCAUUAAGAAAUGGCUUGAUGCAGGGCAUCAAACAUGUCCCAUCACUCAGCAGAUUAUUUCCAGCCACAUCCUCAUACCCAACCAUGCUUUAUACAGCCUGAUAUCAAAUUGGUGUGAGGCAAAUGGAGUGGAACCACCUAGAACUAGAAGGGUAGGAAAUUUCUGGAUCUGUAAGGAAACCUCAGACGGCUCUUCUGAAUUAAUAAAUCUUGAUACUUUGAUAAGGAAUCUUACUUCCAGUUACAUUGAGGAUCAGCGUUCUGCAGCAGGAGAGUUCCGUAUUCUUGCCAAACACACUGAUCGAAAUCGAAAUUUGAUUGGUGAAGCUGGUGCUAUACCCCUCCUUGUCGAUCUCCUCUACACUCCUGAUGUUGGCACCCAGGAGCAUGCGGUUACUGCUCUUCUUAAUCUAUCUAUCUACGACGAAAACAAAGAGCGCAUCAUGGCUUCUGACGCUGUGCCUGGAAUCCUUCAUGUUCUCAAAAAUGGUAGUAUGCAAGCUCGUGAAAAUGCAGCAGCCACCUUUUUCAGCCUCUCUAAAGCGGAUGAGAACAAAUUGGCAAUUGGUGCAUCUGGAGCAAUCAAGGCACUAGUUGCUCUCUUCUGUGAAGGAAGUCCAAGAGGAAAGCUCGAUGCUGCAACAGCACUAUUCAAACUGUGUUUAAUCCAUGGGAACAAAGGGCGCGCUAUUAAGGCCGGUAUUGUGCCCAAAUUGGUAGAAAUGUUAACAGAACCAGGUGGGGAGAUGAGGGAUGGGGCAUUGGCAAUCAUGGCUUUAAUAGUUAGCCACCCGGAUGCAAUAGAAGCAUUUAGAUCGACGAAUGCUAUUCCCAUUUUGGUGGAAUUCAUCAACAAUGGAUCUUUGAAGAACAAAGAAAAUGCAACUUCAGUGCUUAUGUACCUAUGUAGAGGAGAUCCAUAUUACCUGUCGAUUGUCGCUUCACUUGGAGUGAUCAAUCCUCUUUUGGAACUGACAGAAAAUGGUUCAGAAAGGGGAAUGAGGAAAGCUGCACAGCUUCUCGAGUUGUUAGGAAUUGGGAGACCAUUGUGAAUAUACAAUGGCAACUGUCAGCUAGGUUUUUGGUGCUGAUGUUGUCUUUGUCUGUUGCAGGCUGGAGCUGCUGGUACAGAUAGUAAAGGAUAUGAUUUAAAAGUACAUUACUAGAAAAGAGUCAGCAAUAUUUCCUUUUAGUUUAUUAGGUAAAAGGAAAAUUUGAUUUUAGUAAACCAAUUAUUUUGUUGAAUUGAUUGACUUCUGUUGGAAAGCUGGUGAUAAGUGUUUAUGCAACAGUGUGACUAUAGUUGAAGUUCAAAUAUUGUUUUAUUGUUCAAAA